GUUCAGGUGUGUCAAAAUACCACGAUUUCUUCAUUUUCGGAUACAAUAACUGACCUGAAGAAGCCCAGGGAGAUGGCUUGCUAGCGUAACUUUGGUAUGUAGAGCAGUUAUAGAACUCAGCAAUUCAAUCGGGAAGUUAUCGUUUUGACCUAACAUCAUGCUCCACAACUUUAUUGAAAUAUAUGGCUAGAUUCAUUGAUUUUUUGUUUAUGCGAUCUGCAUAAACGGGGUUCAUGCCUAAGUCAGAGAGGCACUGCGUCUAUCCGACUAUUACUCUCAAUUUUAGUGUCUUGACAGCCUAAGUAGGUAUUUCAAUUAUGUGAACUGGCUUAGAGAUGCUCAAACUUUUCCAAUGAUGGGCGAUGACGAUGAUAACUGCUUGCAACCCUGAGAUGACCUGGAGACGUCAACUGAAGGAUGGAGAUGGUCAUAGUUGGUGGCACUUAAACGCCUCAUGGGUGACGUGGCUGUAGGCUACUUAAAGCCUAUGUUUGCAUUAAUUAAGAGCAUGUGUCCGACACCGACUGACCUGGUGUCACUGUGAUGGUACAAGGUACCGUACCAUGGUAACUACAAGGGAGACUCUUGUACGCAUAAAUUAUAAUGUAAGCUGCCAUGUCAAUGGGCUAGGCUACAUCUAUUAGGGGUCAAAUAAAGUGAGCCCUUCAAGAGACAUCCCACCUUCCACUCGGAAGGAGGUUCAGGGUUUUGAGCGUUGGUUAGCCUACAUGAGACAAAUACCCGGCCGAGGAAACAUGCACUGGUACUUCAUUCAUAUGAAACUGUGAACCUCCUACAGCUAUAUGUUUUGACGUGAGACUGGCUGGCACAUCUGAGGUGAGCCGAAGCAUAGAUGUGACUCCAGCAUGAUGUGGGCUAGCAGUUGUGGCAACUACCUGACCACGCCUUGUCAAAUAACUAUAGCAAUAAACGCUUACAUACUCCAUCAAGUUGGUCUGCUGCUGCCCAUUCAGGGAGGAAAGCAAGAGGCUCCCAGUUCCAGCCCAGGGGCCAUGCCUGCUCGAUUCUCACACACGUAAACCUCCGCGCCUAAUCAGCUGUCCUCAUGGGACCCACAAGCCUCGGGCCUUCUGAGGUCCAGCUGACACCAUAUGGAUUCCAAGCAGGUUCUGGCAUCAACCACCAGAGUCUCCAUGGCACUCCAGCGUCCCCAGGUGUAAGCGCUCAUCAUUUGACCAACUCGGCCAUUUUCAGCAACAUGUGUUGUCUCUCCAUGUCACCGGUGUCUGUUAACUCGGCAAACGUGAACAUAGUCACCAGUGUCAGUGCCAACCAAAAGGCCAUGACCACUUGUCCUAUAGUCAGGAAAGAAGGGUCUAACCCUGUGGUCACCUGCCCGCCAGCGCAGUUGCCUCAGCGGCUUCACAGCCCCAUGGAUUACCUUCACCCACAGACUUCCUCACGAUCUCUGACUGCCCCACCUCCAUUCUACUCCUCUUCUUCCUCCUCCUCCUCCUCCUCUUCUUCCUCUUCAUCCUCUACCAACCUUUCUUUCUGCUCAUCCGAGCUCUUGUGCCCUUUUCCUAUGUCCAAUACCAGAGCCAGCCAAGAUGGCAUUGGCAGCAGCCCCUCUCAGCAACAGGAACUUCACGGAGUACUUCCUGUGGCUCUGAAACGGGAGCCGGACGAUGAGUUCUCGGCAUGCAACCAGGGUGUCUUUUACUUGAGGCAUAAGGAGGAUCGAGGGCAAACUCUCAGUCAGGAGACCCACCAUCCCGACGGGCCUCGCCCUGGCCUGCCUUCGCCACACGGACACCUUGGCUGCCAUGCGCGAACACCCGCUCAAGAGCUCAAGGACUGCAUUGUGACAUCACCACCACCGCUGCCUGAGUCCCUGCGGCCCCGAGCCGUGCUAGCAGCCGGCGGUGCGGAGAGCGUCAAGGAGACGUGCGUGUCCUGGGGCGACGGGCAGGCCUGCCACUGGCUAGAUUGCUGCGCUGCCUACAAGCAGACGGAGGAGCUGGUGAGGCACAUAGAGAAGGUGCACGUGGACCAGAGGAAGAGCGAGGACUUCACCUGCUUCUGGGCCGGCUGUGUGCGCCGGCACAAGCCUUUCAACGCUCGCUACAAGCUCUUGAUACACAUGAGGGUCCACUCUGGAGAGAAACCUAACAAGUGCAUGUUUGAGGGCUGCAGUAAGGCCUUCUCUCGUCUGGAGAACUUGAAGAUCCACCUGCGCAGUCACACGGGAGAGAAGCCCUACCUCUGCCAGUACACAGGCUGCCUCAAAGCCUUCAGCAACUCCAGCGACCGAGCCAAGCACCAGAGGACCCACUUGGACACGAAGCCCUAUGCCUGUCAACUUCCUGGAUGCACCAAGCGCUACACAGACCCCAGCUCUUUGCGCAAGCACAUCAAGGCCCACGCAGUCAAAACACAGCAACUUCGAGAUCAGGUGCUGGUGUGCUCGGAGCUGGAGGCUGACUGCAUGAGCGAUUGCCUGGCACUGCACUCCCUGCUGGGCUGCAGUCCAGCCCUGUUUGAGCCCGGCUCCCCAGGGACGCCCGUCUCCACCGCCGGCUCCCUCUCAUUGCCCUGCCAUAACUCAUAUGCAGACUCCGAAGUUUACUCUGACGGUAGCAGCAUCAUCCCUUUCUCCGAGGCCUUGGCCCCAGCCCCAGAUGUAUCCGCCACACCAUGUGACCACCAGCGGAACAUGGGCAGCCCUACCCAUAAAACAGCCCUCAUGUCACCUGGCAGGAAUCUCCAGGACAGAUUUCACUCGUCGCUGAUGUUUUCCGAACUAGGCCUUCUCAGAAGCCGGGUGGAACCCGUGGCAUACUCCACCAAGCUGGGGUUGCAGCCCAGCCAGGGUGACCAAAAGCCUGAUGGACUCUUUCCUGACCUCCCACCAUCAUGCCUGGGUUUCCACUCUGAAGAUCUCAGUCUUCUUGAACAUUACAACAGUGAUGGCCCUGGAGGUCAAUCAUCAUUUGAACCCAGCGGAUACAUGCUGAACUCCACCUCAACAGCCCCCUCUGCAGGUGUGAGUAAGCUUGACCCCUGGUCUCCCCAACAGGCUUCAGAGGGCAGGAGCAACAGCCAUCAGGGGGACAUCAUGGACAUGCGUUUCCUUCCCUCCAGAGGAAAGUGAGCUCUCAGAUGUGCCUGUGAAAGCUGUGAGCGGAGAUGACAUUCACCGUCCGCAUGUAACAGAUGCCAGCUAGCAGACCUCAGCAUAGCAUGGAACAUCAGCAAACCUCCCAUCGCGAAGCCUCACACUGAUACACUACUGUCUGGCAUAGCUAGAAGCUCUGCUUUUAGCUCACUUGGUAGUGUGUAUGCCCCCCAUCCUGGAAGUUUCAUAUGAGGUUGCUUUUGUGACUGGGUCUGGAAGGCACAGGAUGGUUCCAGCAGAGACAAUCUAUAUGCUAUAUUAGAAUAGAGAAUCUUUGGUUCCAGUUCCACAUGUUUGGGGAGAAAGCACUAGCAUGCCUUGUCAUCAUUAUCAUGCCACAGUUUACUCAAGGAUCUGUCCCCAAAAGACUGGACUGGACUGGGCUUGGCCUUUGCCAUUACCUUCUUUAUAACCUGACCAGGAGUGUCUUUUCUUAUCUGUCCUGUCCACUCCCUCUCUUAUGCGUCUACCUGUCUGUGUUGUGUUCAUGUCCGUGUCUGUAGCCUAUGCACGGCUUUCUGUAAUGCUCUUCAUCCCUUUGCUACUUGCUCAUUUCCCAAUUUUUAAAUUCUCAUUUUGCUUUUUUCAUUUUUUUUUCUCACCAGAAGCAACAAUGUUUACAUUCAUCAAUUGUAGAUAGCCAACCAUGCAGUAGCCCAUAAUGUUGUUUUGCACUGUUGUAAGGGUAUUUAAAAAUGCUCAUAGGGAAUAGCAACGUGUAGCAUUAUCUAUGGUUAAAGUUUGUACUGUCAUAUAAAAGGGCCUUUAAUUGUAAUUGUUUCUCACAAGAGAAAAUGAAUUUGCCAAAGAUUGUUUCAAUAAAUAGUCUACACUAUUUACACAAACACAUGCUGACAUGUUCAAUUACACUUUUUUCAGACUUUGUAACAAAGCCAUGCAAAACCUUUAAGAUUUACAAACU